AUGGCACACUCCAUUCUGUCCCUCUGGCUGCUGGUGGCCUGGCUGGGUUUCCACGCGUGUAACAAGGAAGCACCCAGUCAGGAGAAUGGUCUAAUGCCAGUGACUUUGGGGGCACCCUCCAUCCUCUUCAAUAAUUCCCAAUUUGCCUUCAGCCUCUACAGAGAGGUGAUGGUGCGCAACCCAGGCAGGAACGUGCUCUUCUCCCCGCUGAGCCUCUCGGUUCCACUCACGCUGCUGGCAGUCCAGGCCAAGCCAGAAGCCCGCUACCAGAUCCUGCAGGUUCUAGGGUUCAGCACAGCGGAAAUCCCGAAGACCCGGGAGCUUAUGCGCUACGGGAAGCUCCUGAACUCCACCCUCCCACACCCUGGAGAGUGCAGCGUCACCAUGGGCAGUGUGCUGUUCAUGGACCGCAACCGAAAACCUGUGCUCAAGUUUGUCGCAGCAGCCCAGAAACUGUACCACACCAGAGUCUUCCUCGUCAAUUUAGGGAAUUCCCAGAUUGCCAGGAACCAGAUGAACUACGCCAUUCGCAAGCAAACUGGCGGUAAAGUGAGGACGCUUCUGCAGGAGCCAAAGGAUCCCUCCGUCUUGAUUCUGGCCAAUUACAUUUUCUUCAAAGGGAAAUGGGAACACCGCUUUGACCCGAGGUUCACCGAGAUGAGACCCUUCUCGCUGAGCAAGGAGCUCACCAUCCAGGUGCCCAUGAUGCAGCGGGCAGGCUGGUUCCAGCUGCAGCAUUUCUACCACCUGCACAGCCACAUCCUCCAGCUGCCCUACAGCUGCAACAUCAUGGCAGUCUUUAUUCUGCCAGAUGUGGGAAAAGUCCGGGAGUGUGAAGAGGCACUGGUGGAGGAAGAUUUUAACACGUGGGUUCGGCCCAUUGGACUGAGCAGAAGGAGGCUGUAUUUCCCCAAGUUCACCCUUUCUGGCAAUGUUCUGCUGGAGCAACUCAAGUUUCUACCAGAAAGCUUGUAUAUAUUCAGUCAUCAAUCUGGCCUCUCAGGAAUCUCCCUAGAAAACUGGCCCAUAAAAAUCACCCAGGCAGUGCACAAGGUGGAGCUGACCGUGGAGGAGGACGGAGUAGAAGACACUGCCUCCGAGUUCCAGUUUCUUCCCAAGCAGCUCCUCCCGACCCUCCACUUCAACAGGCCCUUCCUACUGCUCAUGGUUGAGCGGAACAGUCACAACCUUCUCUUCAUGGGGAAGGUGAUGGACCCCACUGCCAAGUCCUAG